CUGCCGUAGUUUUUCAGCUCUUCGACUUGUUUUGUGCCAUGAGAUCUGGAUGAGCUCGGAGGAGACGGGAGCACAUGGAUUAGUAGGGGCGUGGAGAAGGGACCGAUCAGAGCGAGUCUCAGCCACCCCAGGACGCGCACGGACCGGCCGGUGGGCUCAACUCGAAGUUAUAAAAGUGGGACGGACUAUCUAUCUCUUCAACACUCCAGGCGUUCAGGGAAGCCGUGGUCGUCAGCUGCUGCCCGUGUUUGGAGACAUCAUGGUCGUGUCGGUGCGGAGCUGGGUGGCCAACGAAGGAGCGAAGCACUUAGUCCUGUUGCUGUGGCUGGGAACGAAUGCCUGGUUAUUUGUGAGGACCUUUUUACUCUAUUCCUCUGGACCACAAUAUUACUACCUUCACAAAAUGCUCGGGCUUGGGCUCUGCAUCAGCCGUGCUUCAGCCUCAGUGCUAAACCUGAACUGCAGCCUGGUUCUGCUCCCCAUGUGUCGAUCUCUUCUCACGUUUAUCAGAGGAACACAAAAGAUGUCCAGUAGAAAGACGCGCAGACUGCUAGACAAGAGUAAGACCUUCCAUGUGGCGUGUGGAGUUGCCAUCUGCAUCUUCUCCGUUUUGCAUGUUUCUGCCCACCUUGUGAAUGUGGUCAACUUCAGUGUUAGCUACUCAGAGGAAUUUCCUGCUCUCAAUUUGGCACGCUACAAAGGGGAGGAUCCCAAGGUGAUCGUUUUAACUACAAUCCCAGGUGUCACUGGGCUCUUGUUGGUUCUCAUCCUAUUUUUGAUGUUUAUCUCCUCAUUCCAUUACAUAAGGGCUUCUAAUUAUGAGAUCUUCUGGUACACGCACAACCUUUUUAUAGUAUUCUACAUAAUCCUGAUGAUGCACAUUGUUGGCGGAGCUUUGAAGUACCAAACCAACAUGGAGGCACACCCCCCUGGAUGUAUCAGAUCAAACCAGAGCACAGGGCAGCAAAGAGAAGAGGCGGAGCAGGCUGAGGAGGGAGAACCAUGGUGCAGGGAGGACCCUCACUUCCAUCAUCACUAUCCUCAGACUUGGCUUUGGGUGUCUGCACCUCUCUGCCUCUACUGUGCAGAGCGUGUCUACCGCUACAUUCGGAGCAGUGACCCUGUUACGAUAGUGACUGCCAUGAGACACCCUUGUAAUGUCAUGGAACUGCGCAUGGUCAAGAAAAACUUCAAGGCCCGCCCAGGACAGUAUAUUCUCCUCAACUGUCCAGGUGUCUCUUCAUUUGAGAACCAUCCCUUCACGCUAACAAUGUGCCCCUCUGAGAAGAAGCAAACUUUUGGCAUCCAUCUGAGGGUGGUUGGUGACUGGACUGAUCGGCUCACACAGCUUCUACUCCCCCCACCAAAGCUAGACCUCGAAAUCCUUCCCAUGGUGCAACAGAGGAGAUAUCCCAAGCUUUAUGUGGAUGGGCCAUUUGGCAGCCCUUCAGAAGAUGUGUUCAACUAUGACAUCAGCCUUUGUGUGGCGGGGGGAAUAGGAGUCACACCAUUUGCCUCUGUGCUUCAUGCGCUGCUUGAUGGUUGGACUGGCUUCAAAUUGCAGAGAUUGUACUUUGUGUGGGUCUGCAGGGAGCUACAAUCCUUCUACUGGUUUGCUGACCUGCUGUGUGCCCUGCAUCAAAAGCUUUGGUUGGAAAACAGACCUGACUAUUUCAACCUGAAACUGUACUUCAGUCAGGCUGACAAGCUGCAGAACAUAUCAGAGGAGAAGUAUCAAGUGCUCACUUCAAGGCUGCAUUUUGGGCGACCCAGGUGGAAGCUGCUGUUGAAUGACAUUGGACGGGCCAAUACAGGGAGGAGGGUGGGGGUGUUCUGUUGUGGACCUAAGGGCAUUUCCAGAACCCUUCACAGACUGUGUAACUCCAACCCACACACAGGAACUAUAUUUGAAUUCAACAAGGAAUCCUUCAGCUGACUGAGGUUUUCCCCAUGAGAAAUGAAUACUGUUACCAACUUUGAUACUUGAAACACUUUACAAAAACCUGUAAAGAAAACCUUAAACUUGUAAUUAAUGAAAUAUGUGUCUUAAUCAUUGUUACUAUAUAAACCAACAAAUUCUAUAUAUAACGACUUUUUAGUUAUCUUCCAUUAUCAGACGGUGGAUUUGAUUUUUUUUACAGCAAAUGCCUUUCAACCAACCGGCCUCUUGUUGGGACUGGAGUGGGUGUGGCUUUGUGAAGUGUCUUGCUCAGGGACACAACUAUUCACUGUUUAGGCACACAGUAGUGAUGUUUGGACAUAUAUAAUUCAUCUGCUAAAACCCAAAGACAAGGUUGUUUCUAAAGAGUUCUCAAAGUUGGAAGAGGGCUUAUUUUAUAAUUGUGUCAAAUACAAACACAAUAAAGCUUGUGUUUGUACUGCACCCUGUUACAACUCUUGGACCUGUCCAUUACACUUUUGUCCUAUAUACUUAACUACACAAUCAUGGUAAAAUGUUUUUUUCAAUUACAUGUUUUAUGAAAAUAUCUUUUUGUAAGAAUGAUCUGAAUAAAUUAUUUUUAUUUAU